AUGACAGAUCAAACACGCAGAUAUUACUCAAGAUGGAUCCCGACAAACCAGCGCCUUUGUACUACGAGGUUUCUCCUUUAACGAAGUUAAUGUUAAGGGCUCUUGCUAUGUCCACAGGAAUAAUUGUUGUGAUUACAUUGAUCAUUAGCUUUGUGAAGGCCUCUGAGGACGCCAUGAAUUACCUUAUAGUUGUUAAUAUGCUAAUUAGUAGUGUGAUUGGAGGCAUUAUUACAUGGUGGUAUCACAAAGGAAUUAUUGAAGCCAAGAAGAUAACUUUUAUGGCAUUUGUAGGCAUUUGUAUCAUUUUCCAGGCUAUUAUCUCGGAUAUAUAUGUCUUCAACAAGAGGGCCAAAAUCCCGGGAACGACAGUGCCUCCACUGACACCUACCACUUUACAUGCCAGCAGUAUUAUUCCGCCAACAACCUCAUGAAUGCAGAGUAGUGAAAAAGGAUAUUUCAAGAUCAAAUGCCGUUAAUGUUUAUCUAUUUAUUGGCUCAUGAGAGGCAAACUACAGAGGAACCCUGUAAACUUAGACUCAAUUAACUCAAACCCCUUUAUUUUCCUUGCCUGAAUCUCCAACCAUUUGAGUGACAGGUUAUGACAUUUCAGGCGCCUGUGUUUUUUUUCCAAUGAUACUAUUAUAUUCGCUGCUUUCUUUGAGAGAGUCGAUCUGAUGAAAUAAAUGAUCAUGUUCGACCUG